GAAGUGAAGUGAGGCAAUAAAACAAUCUGUUUUUAAAUAAACGAUAGUGCAGGGAAUGAAGUUAAAAAUUAAUUACUGCGGACUUAAUGAUUCUAUAUUUUUUAUACAAAAUAGUUGUCUUAAUUGUUUGAAAAGUUUUGCUUACUUAUAAGAUGGCUCUUUUGCGGGGAAUCGUAAAAUCCUCAGAAUAUUUCUUCAAAAAUCCCUCUGUUGUUCAUAGAAAUGGUUGGAAUCUUGAAUUUUCUUAUUCUAUAAAGAAAGCAUUGAAUAUCCCUCCACCACCAAAGAAGCCACUUACAGCUUAUAUGAUAUAUUGCAAAGAUAAUAGGAAAGAGCUUUUGAAGGAGCAUCCAACCUUGACUAGUACAGAGCAAAUUAAGAAAUUAGCAGCUCAAUGGAAUAGUCUUAGUCUUGCUAUGAAGGAGCCGUAUGAAAAUAAAGCACGAGAAUCAACUGUGUUGUAUGGAGAAGCUCAUAAAAGAUAUUAUGAAAAUCUCACUGAAGAACAAAGACAUGAAAUAGCUAUUGCAAAAGCUGAAAAGAAAGAAGCUCGACGUUUAUUAAAACUGAAAAAAGCCUUGCGAGAAACUGGCAUUCCAAAAUCUCCUGUACCAGCUUAUGCUCUUUUUGUACAGUCUCAGGCCAAGGAUAAAGAUAUAAAAGAUGCAGCUGAGUUUAUCAAAGAAGCUGCUGAAAAAUGGAAGACCUUGUCAGAAGCAGAAAAAAAGAAAUUUGAGGAACAAGCUCAUAAAGAAAAAACUCGUUUCAAUAAUGAAAUGGAGAAAUGGAAGAAAAAAUUGAUGGCAGAAGGUAAAAGUGAACUUCUUCACAAAUAUGAGGAAUUGAAAGGGAAAAGCAAAGCGUUAGACAUUGAAGAAGUUUCUAAACGUGUGAAAGCAAAGAAAGAAGUGGCAAAGUAAAAGAUUGGUUACUUUUCUCUUCAAGUUUUGAUGAACUAGAUGGUAUUUUCAUUUGCAACUUUAUGAAGAAUGAAAAUAAUGCUUUUUAUUUUUAUUAUUUUUACUCUGUUUUUGUGCAGGAUGGAAUUGCAUGAAGACAUUUUUGAAUUGCCAAAUAGGAUGGCUAGAAUGAAGAAAUUUUUAAAAUCUUGUUUUGGCAUUUAAUGAAACUUUUUUAUAUGUGUUUAUCUAUAACAAUAACCAACAAAGGAUUUGGUUGAACUAAAGUGCAUUGGAUAUCACAUGUUGCUUUUGAGUUAAAACAAUGCAAUUUUCAAUUUUUUUUUUUCCUUGUGUGUGUGUGUCUGAAAUAUGGUAAAAUCCAUACAGUGAAAGUUAUUUUUACUAUGCAUUUUCAUAUGAUCUGAGUUUUCAACUUUUUCCACAUUCACUUUUUUCCAAUGAAACAGUAUAUACUUGAUUUUCUGAUGUGCUCCUUCUGUGUUAUGUAUUUGUAUAAAAAAUAUGAUUUUGUUGCUUCUUCUGUAAUGAAUUCUUAAUAAACCUGUCGAACGUUACAUUACAUUUCUCUCUCUC